AUGGAGGCUGCUUUGGAGCAGCAGAUGAUCCAGAAUCGCCAGCUGAAUGAGGACCUUCAGGAGGUCCGCACCUCCGCGUCCCCUUUCGUUCAGUCCGUCCAAUCGAAGUUCGACCGCUUGCGCGCUCGCUAUGAAGACGAGAUCAAGAGGUCCAAAGCCUUUCAUGAGGCGUAG